AUGCAUCUUUCAUCAUGUCUGGUCUUCAUUGCUGGCAUCUCGGGCGUGCACGCCUUUUAUCCAUGGGAAUUACGGAUGAAACUUUCCACGGAUACCACAGUCGAACGUCGCUUUGUUCCAUGGACCUUGAUUGAAGCGAAAUCAGAGACCGACAGCACCGACACAUCUACAACCGACAAACCUUGGACCCUCGACCUGAAGAAAAUGCCCGUUCGCCGCGACGAUGGCUAUGAGAUCGUCGAGUCUCAUAAGCCCUCAUUGCCAAACAGCGCACCGUUACACCAGGACGGAACGGAUUAUUCAUAUUUCUCUCCCGUCUACGUAGGUUCUCAAAAGAAAGAAAUGUGGAUGGCCAUCGACACUGGUGCACCCAAUACCUGGGUCUUCGACUCGAAUUGCACCGAGCCUGUCUGCGCACGUCAUCACAAGUUCGACGGGUCGACAUCAACCAGCUACACCGCUGACGGUUCGACUUUCAGCCUCUAUUACGGCAGCGGCAAGGUCGACGGCAAGAUGGGGACAGACACCAUUUCAAUUGCAGGGCUCGAAGUCUCGCAAACUUUCGGUCAAGCCAACAAUGCCUCGGAAACCUUUCAGAGUUACCCAUUCGACGGGAUCCUUGGCCUGGGUCGGUCGCAUACGGCAGGGUGGAAUUUACCAUCUUUCAUGGACCUCGUUGCUGAUAAAAAGCUCAUCAAGUCAAACUUGGUUGGGUUCAGCCUCUCUCGCUCGGCAGACGGUGGCAAGGAUGGUGAAAUCAACUUUGGUGGUGUCGAUACAACCAAAUUCGAUGGUACCAUCAAAUACACUGCUACCAACGACAAAAUCUGGAGUAUCCCUGUGGAUGAUGUUCAUGUGAAUGGAAAAAGUUGCAACUUUUCCGGCAAAUCCGCUACCAUCGACACCGGAACCACUUAUCUCUUGAUUCCUCCCGCAGAUGCCAAAGCUCUGUUUUCUCUAGUCCCGGAUGCAUCUCAACAGCCUUCCAACAAGUAUAACUAUUUGAUCCCAUGUAACUCGACUGCAACUAUAGAGUUCGAGUUCUCUGGUGUCAAAUAUAACGUCUCCCCUAAGGAUUAUGUCGGAAACGCCGAGUCGGAGGGUUCGGACUUUUGCAUUUCCACCAUUGUCGGCUAUGCAUCCAACGGUGCAAACUGGCUCGUCGGCGAUGUCUUUUUGAAAAACGUUUACACUGUGUUCGACUUCGACAAUGGCCAAAUCGGGUUCGGCGCGCUUGCUUCAGCCUCAGCCUCGAACUCGCACUCGGGCCCAAACUCAUCUUCAACCUCAUCCUCCUCAACCUCGUCCGCGGGUAAUGGGACAUUCACCGCACCGCCAGUCACUGCCGCCACCUCAUCUGGUGCCGAUUCCACAUCAUCAUCGUCGGCCACCUCUGCAAUGGCCACAAUCUCUGACAGCUCCGCAUCCCACCUCGUCCGCGGCAUUAGCUGGUCUAUGCUCACGGUAAUGCUUGUCGCAUUCGCUAUUUGA